AUGGGCGAGCUAAACAACUUGAAUGUCUCAGUUUCUAAUGAAACCUUACUUCCCUCUCCUCGAACAAACAGCUUUCAUUUUAAAAUAUAAAUUUUAGUAAUUUUUUGACUUUCCGGUUUUUUAUGAAUUGAGAUUUUUUUAAUUUUCAAAAAAAAAGUUAUUUGAAAACAUUAUAUAUAUUUUUUAUAUAAAAAAUUAACCCCCUUUUGAUCGAACAAAAAUUUUUUGUCCUCUCACAGAGGAGGGAGUUAGUAAAGCUAGAGUAUCCAGAAGAAUACAUUAAGAGAGAGUUUUAUGGUUAUGUAAAUGAACAAAUAAAAUCUGAAAUUGAAAGAAAAGCAAAUGAAAAUGUGAUGCAAGGCCAAAGGUGCGGUAUGAGAGCUGUAGAUGUGAGUAAUCAGCUAUUAGUAUACGCCAAUAGUUUAGACCCUAUCAGCCAAUCGCCAGAUUAUGGUAGUUUUAUAGAGUCAAUUAUUAAUUUUUGCAAUAGAUAUGCAAUAGCAAUAAAUUCACCAAAACUCAAAGAAAUCUUAAAUUUUAUAACCCUAUUUCGCAAAAUAAAACCUCAAUCUUUUCCUAUUCCGAGCUUCAUUCAAGCCAUUUCUCAAGCUAUCGGUUCAAUCAAGGCAAAAAUUACUGCAAUUUCAAAUUAUUCUACAAGUUAUAGCACUGAUAUAGAAAAACGUAAAAGAUCUGAUUUAUUAAAGGACCAAUCACAUUCAUCCAAUCAUAUGGAAGGGAUAUUCACGAGAACAACGAAGGCUCAUUUCAAUUAUUAUCGAGUAUAUGAUAACUAUCAUAGACAAGUAAUGAGAUAUAUAUUCACUUUAUCAAAUAAUCAGAGAGUUGAAUUUACUGAAUAUGGGUCAUGGCAAUGUGUCGGAGAAGCAUCAAGGGAGUAUGAUCACUCGGAUUGGAUUUUUACGAGUAGAGAUAACUGCAUUAGUAGUAUUUUUUAA